CUCUCUUCUCAAAUCCAGACGCACCGAAGCCAAGUGACCAGCCUCUGCUCACUCACUCCGUACCACACACCCCUCCGUGCCUCCGCGACCUCCGAGCAAGGCCGAUGUCGUCGCAGCGGCCGGGCCGGCACCAGCGCCGGGCGUCGCAGAGCGUGUUCGUGCUCCCGGAGAACCUCGCCACCCUCGACGUCGACGCGGCGGCCGAGGCCGGCGGGAAUAAGGCCGGCACGGACGGCUCCGGCGCCGAGCAGCAGGCGAGGCCGCCGGUGGGGCGCCACCGCCGGGCGAUGUCGGUGGCCGUGGCGUCCAGGGACCUGGAGCUGAUUAAGGAGGACCUCGGCAGCUACAAGAUCGGCGCUUGAGCCUGACGGAGGCCGUGCGCCUCCACACGUCGCGUCGUGUGUGUAUAGAGCCCUGUGGGUGAACCGUACCCGAAGCUAGCUUUGAUCGACGCUUACUAGUGGCUCAAGUUUCAAGUUCUCCGUUGCUCUCUCUCUUUUUUUUGGCUCAUGCAUGUAAUAUUACUGCUAUGUAACUUCUCCUCACGACGAAGAAAGUAUUUGAACUUUUCAUCGCA